AUGGAAGUUCGAAAGAGAUCGUCGAAGGAGCCGUUUAGGAGAAUGCAUUACCAGGUGCGACACAGGACGCAGAGGAUGAGCUCGUACGGAGCGGGUCUCUCCGACCCCAGCUCACCUGGGGAAGACAUGAACAGUUACUACGACGAAGCCAGGUACCUCAGCAAGGAACAAAUGAAGGCAUACAUAUACAAAAUGAAAAAAGAAAUUGAAGAUUAUAAGGUUAGAGAAAUGAACUACAAAAUUGAAAUAAAAUAUUUGAGGAGGAAAAUAGAGAGGUUAAAGGGGAUUAUACAGAAUGAUACUUUUUUUUUUAAUGACCAGAGAGGGAUAUCUGUACGAAGUAAGAACAGUGGGUUCUCCUUUCAGAGUGGCAUGAACAAAGUGAAUUCGGAAGAGAACUGUAAAUCCGGAAGGUACAGAAGUGGAAAUGUUUCCGAGGGGAAUAAUUACCACCACAGAGGAUUUACAAAAAGGUAUGAUAGUCACUACGGUCUCCAUGACCAUCACCAUCGCAAUAGCAGUUACAGACACAGACACUUCUAUGAGGACAACAUCUCUGAGGAUAAAAUUUCAAACGUGUCGAUGAGAAGUAUCAACGCCAGUAUACAAAACAAUAAGCGAAUGAAUGUGCGCAAUUUGACAGGGAGGUAUAGUGAUACGUGCAGAAGGAGUGAACAAAGUAGAAUGGUUCACGCGGGGAAAGUACAUGGAACUAAUAAUACGAGUGGAUGCGUGGAUAGAUCGAACAAACUGAAAAAAUAUUCGAGGGAGAAUAUCGUUCAUGCCGUUCCUAUUCCCAGGAAUGUAAUAAAUGACAAACCAAGUGAAAAUGGUUUAGUUAUGCCUAUGAGAGGAGGCUCCGAUUCCUUCCGCUCGAAUAGGAGCUACACCUCCUGUACAUCCAAGUUCAAGAUAAAAGGUCACCUCAUUUCUAAUAGGAGGAAUAUGCGUAACAUGUCUACUGAUAUAAACACUAGCAUUGCGAAUGACAUAAAAAGUUACCAUACCUCCAAGCAGAGCAUCCUCUCUGGCACCAAUCAACAACUGUUUGAUCGGAAUUCGUCCUCCCUUCAAAAACGAUCUGGUGCAGGGAAUGUCAUGGAAGCGAGAACAAUUUCGGGUGCCAAGCAGUUAAGUAUAGAAAAACUUAGCAAAUUAACUCCAAGAGAAGUGAGAAAAAAAAUCAACUGCGAUUUGUUCGAUUAUUUUCAUCAUCAGAGGAUACUAAGCAAAAAGUACACCUCACCUUAUGCGUUCAAACGGGAGAUAAGUGUGAGCAGGAUGGCUAGCUGCGACAAGGCCUCUGAGGGGAAGGGUUCUCCUGUGCAUGCAACGGAGGGGGAAAAUGGGGAUGACAAGAAUGAGGGUGACGAUGAACUCAGCGACACCGGGGACUCCAUUAAGCGGGCCAAACUGUACUUGGACAAGCAGAGGGAGAUGAGGAAACCACAGGUCACUUCGGCCAUGCCGCCUAGCAGUAUGCCUGCCGAUCCUACAACUGUGCCGACUGUCGUUGCGACGAGUGGGAAGAAGAAUGACCGUGUAUCCGCGAGAGGACGAGCCAAAGAAGUUACCACUGGAACCGUCCUAAUCAACAAGGAGGAAAAAAAAAACGAGACAAAUUCGAAGGCCAAGGGGAGCCACACAAAGUUACGAGUUAAAACCCACUUGAAAACAAAGGAAGCGAAACAGCGACAAGACGUUUUAGAAAGUACCAAGAAAAAAAUAGAUGCAGAUAUAAAAGAAAAUUUUAAAAAGGAAUUAGAGGAGUUAAAAAGGAGGAAAGACAUACUGGUAUCGAAGCGAAGUGAUUACUGUGAUCUGUCCUUCGGCAGUACCAGUAGCAGUGGUAGCGGGCUCAGUGAUAACAGGCGUGGUGGUAGGGAGGGCGCUGAAAGGAUGGGGAAUACAGGCAAAGGGGGAGCGCAGUUCAAAGCUGUGAAUAACCCUUUGAAGGAAUCGAACAUUCUAAACAUCUCCUUCAAUGAUCUGGAUAAGAGAAUAAAUAAUUUGAAAAAUUAUUUGAAGAAUACAAAUGGGUGA